AUGGGCGGGAAUCUCUGCAAUCCCUUGCAGGAGUGGGAGCUCGCCAACCCGGGAACGACGUACAAAGACAGCCUGAUUGCUGGGUCACUCCAGCUACCAGACACGGCGCAACAGGAGAGCGCGCAUGACUGCGGCUUCUUCAUUCUAGAGCAGGUUCUCCGCCUGCUGCAGCUGAGCCCUACCGCUUUGCGCUCCCUGGCGCAGAGGUCCACCGAGGAUGUGGCAGGAUUGCCGUGGCCAGCGCAGAGGGAGGUGGUGAAGAGGAAGAAGAAGCUCAGGGAAAUCACGGCAGACCUCUUUGUGGCAGCGCGGCGCCAGGGCACCGGUGACGUGGAAGCGCUGCUGAAGCAAGACGAGGCUGUCCUGCGCAAGAAGCUGCUGCUGGCAAUGUGGGAAGGUCCCUACUUUGCCAAAGCGGUGGCCAACCUCAUUGGCAUGGAUCCAGGGCCGCUCCCCGAAGUCCCAACUCUUCCCAAAGAAGAAGAAGCAAAGAAGCACGAAGCGGACGAGGAGUCUGACUCGGAAGAGACGAGCGAGAGGCAGCGCCCGGAGCUCCUCAGAAAGCCACAGCGCUGGUCGGAAACGGAAGCGCGAGGAGAGCCGCAGCCGAAGCAGGAGACACACCGGGCCGACCGCCCCGCCCGGCCGCCUCCGCCUCCGACCUUCACCAAAGAGGACCUCCAAGGCUAUCCAUCCAAGACGCUCCGCAACCUGUGCGUGCAAUACAAGGUCCUUCCUCCAGGCAUGGUGGAGCGGACGGACUUGCUCAAGGCCCUCGAGCGGCUGGCGAUCGUGAAGAAUGCCGUCCCCGCCGGCACGGCGGCAGCUGCCAAAGCUGUGGGUGAGCGCCUUGCGAACGGGAGGCCCGACCUUCCCAGCUUUACCACCGACGACCUGGACACCAUGCCAAUCAGCAAGCUCAAGAUGUUCUGCAUCCAGUUUGGCCGGCUUCCCUCCGGAUCCUUGGAGAAGUCCGACCUCAAGAAGGCACUGGCUCCCUUAGCCAAGCCUUCCUCCAAACCGGCCUUCAGCGGCAAUGGCGGCAAUGGGACGACAGUCCCAAGCGGCCAUUCGAGUGGUCACCACCACCAUCAUCACAGGAAGAGAGCCUUACCGAGCUUCACGUCCACAGAGCUGGACACCAUGCCCAUCAGCAGGCUCAAGAGCUACUGCAUCCAGUAUGGCAAGAUGCCUCAUGGCCCCGUGGAACGCACGGACCUCACGGCGCUGCUGCGGCCCUUCGCCAUUGGCGGGAGCGCUUCAGCCGCUUCAGCUUCAGAAACCUCGGUGCCGGGGACUUUAACUCCUGGCGCCGCCUCGGCCACCUCGGCCAACGAGGACAGCUUCGUCCUCGAGGACCUGAAGACGAUGAGCCCAGGCCUCAGAGGCAUGAAGAUGCUGAAGACGUUCUGUCUCAAGCACAAGGUCAUGCCUCACGGACCAGUGGAGAAGUGCGACCUCCAGAAAGCAUUGGAGAACUUGAACCCAAGCCUGGGUUUCGGAGCUUCGCGAUUGGGCCAAGCAACGCGCCGCGGGAAACCAGCUGCCACAGGACUGGCAGCUCGGUCACAGAGGCUAGCAGCUGCAGGACCUGGGCGACCCUUGGCGAGCCUGUCGGACAUCACCAACCUGCAGGAUGCGCGCGACACGCGCAUGAAGAAGGCGGCGCGGCCGCGCGAGCCCAGCGUGCUGCCGCAGCUCGGGGCGCCAGCGCCGCCCUGGCCAUGGACGGCCCUGGCACCUCCAAUCGCCCCACCCGCACCGCCCGCGCCGCCAGCGAAGCCCGAACCGGAGCAGUCGCCGGUAGCAAUGGAGGUGUCCAACCCGGAAGCUGUUGCAAAGGCGCACCAGCGGUCCCAGUCGGCCGCCGAAUACGUGCCUCAGAUCAUGGACCGGCUCUUUGAGGAGGAGGCCGCGUGCCUUCCUCGGCCGUGCUACAUGGAGAGCCAGCAGGACAUCAACGGCAAGAUGCGGGCCAUCCUGAUUGACUGGUUGGUGGAGGUCCACAUGAAGUACCGCCUUCGCGCAGAGACGCUGUUCUUGGCCGUGAAUCUCAUCGAUCGCCAUAUGAGUGCGCUGCCCGUCCUCAGAAGGCGGCUACAGCUUGUGGGCGUGGUGGGCAUGUUCGUGGCUGCGAAGUUCGAGGAGAUAGACCCGCCUCGUGCUACAGAUUUCGUGUACAUCACGGACAACACCUACAGCAAGGAAGACUUGCUACAGAUGGAAUGCACGAUGUUGUCGGCCCUGGACUUUCGGGUAGUGGUGCCAACGCCUGCCCACUUCUUCAACCAGUUCCUAAAGGCCAACAACUGUGACAACCCUCGGCACACCGAGACGAUCAAGUAUAUCCUAGAGCUCGCAUUGAUUGACCUACGGAUGAUCCGCUACACGCCUUCGCACCUGCUCGCAGCCGCCGUGCUGUUGAGCAACGAUCUCUUCAGCAGGGCGGUCCUGUGGCCAGAUAUCAUGGUGCAGACGUCCAGGCAUACGGAGGAUGAGCUGCGAGGCUGUGCGGAGGAGCUGCGCCUUCUGUUGCGCGCAGCCCCAGCGAGCACCCUGCAGGCCGUCAGGAAGAAGUACAUGCUACAGCAGUAUCACCGCGUCGCCAACAAUGCGGUGCUCGUGCACCUUGUGCAAAGUGUAGCGCGUGCGGAAUGGUGCAAAGACAUCUGCAAGGCAGUUGCAGGGCGCUUGGGGGGCCACACUUGGAACAUCAUCACAAACAGUGACAAGCAUGAGAUCUAUCUCACACAGGCACGCAGCCGUGACCACUACAUCAACGACAGGGGCGAGAUAACGUCCGUGUGGUUCGAGAGGCGCAGGCGCAUUCCGCACCCGGUCGGUGGCCUUGAAGGGGCAAACUGGAGUGCCAACGUCAAGGAGAGCCUGCUUUGCCCAGGCACCCCGCGAGCGGUUCCGGCCAAAGCUCCGCGGGCCCAGCUCUUGCAGGCCGCAGCUCCCCGGGAUUUCCCGCUGUACUCCGCUCGUCGCCGCGAAGUGGCGCCGCCCAGCCCGGAGCGCCCGGGACAUUUGGAGAGGACCCUCGUAGACCAGGCCCGGCUCCGGGAUUCGCUGACGCCGAGGGCGCCGAAGAAGGUGGUGGGCCGGAAGGACUGGACUCCGCGGCGCGGCGAGCUCCUCGCAGAGCCGAAGCCGCCCAAAGAGGAGGAGAUGUUCAGCUCCGUCUGCCAGCUGCGGGCCGAGUCGCACGUGGACGUGCAGCAGGGCCUCUUUGCGCAGCAGCUGACAAGACCCACAGGAAGCGGGCGCAGCAGCGGGCCCCCUGGGCUCCCGGACUCCGGGGUUCUGCGUGCCGCCCUCUUCUCGCACCGCAGCUCCGCGGGCACGCCGAGGGCGCCCGAGGAUCGAGUGAACCACUCGCAGAGUCGCAUCGAGAGUUUCGCUCAGCGGGAGAUCAGCAACUGGGCGCUCGGGGAUGACAAGCUCUUGCGGAAGGAUCCCUUCUGCAUGCGGCCCAUGCAGCAGCCCAAUAACUCUGGCGUCAAGUACGACAUCAUCACCAACGAGCGCGACAAGUUCUGGUACUGA